AUUCUUACGCAUCGGAACAGGAUAUAAUUAAAAGACUUUAUCAUUUGGUUUAUAUAUGUAUUAGGUGUUGGGUAUAUGACAACUAGCUGCAUGCUUUCCAUGAACCAAGUUGUAUUGCAUUGUUAGAAACUCUCGAAGAGAUCAUCGCCGAUAAUGUUUCCCAAGUAUUUAGAAGAUUUGACUCUCUCCGAAGAGAGUUACAGAAUCUUGGAGCCUUUGGUGGUCACUAGUCGGCUCUUAGGCCUCUGCCCGGUGACGUUUAAAAAAAUUGGCACUAUUUACAAGCUGAAAUGGUCAGCGGCGUUUCUAAUUUACAGUUAUGCCAGUGUGGUAGCAUUGGCGUCCCUUACGAUGGUCGGACUGAUUUCGGACAGCCGACAAGAGGCAGACGCCGUACGUAUGAAAGAUAGGAAGACAACUUACAUCACGGCCUGCGAUUUUAGCACGGUAAUAUUUAUAGAUCUAUUCAGCGUGGUAUCGAUUCCGUACAGAAUGAAAAACUUCUGGCAUAUGGUGGGCAUCUGGAGCGAUAUUGACGCGUUGGCACCAUUGAACGGGUACUCCACCUCGCGCAGGUGCUCCAUAAUUUUCCUGAUGGUAGCAAUGGCAGCUACGACACUUCUGUUUUGCUACGACAUGUUUUCGUACGCGGUCGAAGCAAGUUGUAGGACUUGCUUCCUCACAAAUUUCACAGCGUACUAUCUACUCUACUUCAUGAUAUUCUUCCAAGGCGUUUUCAUCUGGCACCUUCUUUAUUUCAUCAACAUCCGGAUCGUUUCUUUGAACCGAUGUCUCGAUAUCGAAAAGAAGAGAUUGAAGCAAGGCACCAAGAAAAUAUUCGUAAUACCCUAUAAAAUUACGAAUGGAGCAAAUGACGAUCAGAAAUCAAGGGCGGAUAGUCCUGACGUAGCCGCGCGUAUCGCGGAGCUGCUAAAAGUUUACGAUCGAAUCAGAGAGUCGGUUUUCAUUUUCAACACGAGUCCGUCAUUUGGUGUUGUGAUGUUGAUACUGAGUUGCCUUAUCCAUUUGGUCGUAUCCCCUUACUUUCUCCUGCUGGAAAUCAUAAGAAGGGGCAGCACCUUAUUUACGACGCUGUACUUGUUAUGGGUGAUAGCCCAUACGGGUAGACUGCUUAUGAUUGUCGAACCAUGCCACAGGUGUCUCAGCGAGAUUACUAUCACCAAAUCGUUGAUCUGUGAACUGAUGAGGCUGUACGUCGAUCGGGACGUUAACAAGACUCUGAAGCACUUCCUGGCGCACUUGUCUCUAUGCGAAAUUACUUUUGAAGGCUGCGGGUUCUUUGUUAUCAGUCGAAAUCUUUUGACUACGAUCGCCGGGGCUGUCACUACUUACUUGGUCAUCCUCUUUCAGUUUAAUAACACUUGAAGAAGGCACUGCGCCGUAGACUUGCAUGUAUUUUCAAACAGCAAUAAAUGACGUCCA